AUGAAGACAUUUCUCGCUUUCUUAGGCUUAGCCGCUUCGGUCCUGGCGGGCAAAGACCAUGAGUCGACCGUCACCGCAACAACUUACGAGACUACCACUGUUUGUCCCAUUACCAACACCGUUACGUACGGAGGAUCAACAUACGUUGAGACCACAUCCACUACCUCAACCAUCACUGUUACUUCGUGCCCAGGAGGUGGCUGUGGAGGAGGAGAGGCGACUGUGACUGCCCCUGAUACUACUAUUGGCACUACAACUGCUGUCGAAGUUACCUAUACGACAACAUGCCCGAUCACGGAAACAGUCACUGCCCCUGGCCAUACCUAUGUCACGACAUACACGACGACAAGUGUAGCAGUCACUUACGUCGAAACCACUUUCGUUGAGACCGUAUCAGGGCCUGGCGCUACUCAGACUACAGAAGAUGUGGCAUACACUACUCUUACCUCUCUAUGCCCUGUUACUGAGACCAAGACGAUUGAAGGCUCUACCGUCGUGGUUACUUGGACAUCUACCUCCACUAUCAAGACAGAAGUCCCUGUGACUGCUACCGAGUACACUUCAUACACUGUGACCGAACACGUAUCCACCGAGGUAUACCAGACUGUCACCUGCCCCGAGACAGUCCACACCACCGUCUCUGAGGGUAGCACUAUCUACGUUACUGAGACAGGCACCGAGACAAUCUACAAGACCCAGGAAUACACUGUUACCGAGACUCUCCCCGUCACAAAGACUAAGGAGGUCGAGGUAACUAUUACCUCGGAAGCCAGUGCCGGCGAGACCGUUACCGCGAGCCCAACCGUCUGGGUUACUUACAGUGACACUACCAUUCUCACCAAGUCGAAGCCCGGCACGGUUGUACCCUACCCUACUACCAUUUCAGUGCCUGCCCCUUACUCUUCUUCGGUCGGCACGACCUACAUCCCCUCAUCAACAACCGCAAUCCCCCAAGUUCCCAGUGGUUUGGCACCUCGAGCCACCCCGGCCGCGGCCAUCUUGGCCAUAGCUGGCUUCGCCGCCUUGCUAUAA